AUGGGCGGCCAAAUCUCCAAAGUAAUGGGCAAGAUCUUCGGAUCGAAGGAGAUGCGCCUCCUCAUGCUCGGUCUCGACGCCGCCGGCAAAACUACCAUCCUGUACAAGCUCAAGCUGGGCCAGGACGUCACCACCAUUCCCACCGUGGGCUUCAACGUCGAGACCGUCACCUACAAGAACGUCAAGUUUAAUGUAUGGGACGUCGGUGGCCAGGACAAGAUUCGUCCUCUGUGGAGGCAUUACUUUAGCGGAACUCAGGGUUUGAUUUUUGUUAUUGACUCGUCGGACCGCGCUCGCAUGGACGAGGCUAAGCAGGAGCUGCAUCGCAUUAUCAACGACCGCGAGAUGAAGGACAGCUUGUUGCUGGUCUUUGCAAAUAAGCAGGAUCUGAAAGAGGCCAUGAAACCCCAAGAAGUCACAGAAGCCCUCCAGCUCUCCAAACUCAAAGACAAGGUGUGGUACGUCGUGCCCAGUUGCGCCACCACCGGCGAAGGUCUGCUCGAAGGUCUGGCCUGGCUGUCCAACAACGUCAAGGCCCCUCCCGCCCCGGCAAAGAAGUAA